AAUAAACAGCGGACGGAGGGGCCGGCGGCGGCGGGGCCGGAGCAACCAGGGGUUUGGCGGCCUCACCUGUCCCCAUUCACCGGCGGCGACCGGCGGCGGCAGGCAGCGCGUCAGGCGGAGGGAGCCGCCGCCAGGAAUGAAUCUGAAGUCUGCUGCAAUAAAACACUGAAGGCUUUAAAAUGUUUUCUUGCAUAAAACUCAAACUUUAAGUAGCUGCUUAUGAGGAUAGGGAAGGGAGGAAGCUAAUGUCUGUCUCAAGAUACAGGACAGCUGUUUGCUCAUCAACCUCAACUGUGUGUGCAACAGAGGAACAUGGCUCAAGAAACUAAUCACAGCCAAGUGCCUAUGCUUUGUUCCACUGGCUGCGGAUUUUAUGGAAACCCUCGUACGAACGGCAUGUGUUCAGUGUGCUAUAAAGAACAUCUUCAAAGACAGAAUAGUAGUAAUGGUAGAAUAAGCCCACCUGCGCCUUCUGUCACAAGUCUGUCUGAGUCCUUACCAGUCCAGUGCACAGACGGUAGUGUCCCAGAGGCUCAGUCAGCGCUAGACUCGACAGCUUCAUCUAUGCAGCCAAGCCCUGUGUCAAAUCAGUCACUUUUAUCAGAAUCUAUAGCGUCUUCGCAAGUGGACAGUACAUCUGUGGACAAAGCAAUACCUGAAACAGAAGACCUGCAAGCUUCAGUAUCAGAAACGGCACAACAGGCAUCUGAAGAGCAAAGCAAGUCUCUUGAAAAACCAAAACAGAAAAAGAAUCGCUGUUUCAUGUGCAGAAAGAAAGUGGGACUUACUGGGUUUGAAUGCCGGUGUGGAAAUGUUUACUGUGGUGUACACCGUUACUCAGAUGUACACAAUUGCUCUUACAAUUACAAAGCUGAUGCUGCUGAGAAAAUCAGAAAAGAAAAUCCAGUAGUUGUUGGUGAAAAGAUCCAGAAGAUUUGAACUCCUGAUGGAAUACAAAAUCCUUUGACCAUCUGCAAACUAAAAACUGACUUGAGGUUUUUUUUUUUCCUAGUCAUUGGGAAUGUAGAGCAAUGUAUCUUGCAUAGACCUUUAAUCAUACAUGUCAUCAGAAGAAUAGAUUUUUGUUUUUGUUUUGAAAAUGACUCUGAACAUUUAUUUCCAUUGCAGUUUCUGUGGCUGAAAAAAGUAAACUUUACGAGUAUUAUCCUUUUAAGAUCAUUUAAAUUUUAGUUGAGUGCAGAGGGCUUUUAUAACAAACGUGGAGAAAUUUUGGAGGGCUGUGAUUUUUCCCAGUAUUAAACAUGCAUGCUUUAAUCUUGCAGUUUAUUUUCUCAUUGUGUAUGUAUAUAUAGCUUUUCUCUGCAGCACGAUUUCUGUUUUGAUAAUGUCCUUUAGGGCACAGCUAGUUAUCAGUAACUGAAUGUAUCUUAAUCAUUAUGGCUGCUUCUGUUUUUCCUUAACAAAGGUUAUACAUAUGUUAGCAUAUAGUUUCUUUGCACCCACUAUUUAUGUCUGAAUCAUUUGUCACAGGAGAGUGUGUGCUGAUGAGAUUCUAAGUUUGUGUGUUUUUAAGUUUUUUUGAGCGAAGGAAGGAAAAGCUGUACGCAUUUCAUUGCUGACUGCAGGUUUCUUUCAGAUGAUGUUCAUCGGUCUGUGUGUAUACAAUAUGAAGAAUGAUCUGAAGUAAUUGUGCUGUAUUUAUGUUUAUCCACCAGUCUUUGAUUAAAUAAAAAGGAAAACCAUAA